AGUAUUGCAUUCCCCAAAAGGAAAGGAAAGGGACAAUAAAUGCCCAAUUUCCUACUCCACCAACUUUCAAACUAAUUCUGCUUCAUUAUUCAGCAAUCUCAAUACCAAAAUGGAAAAUAAUCACUUCAAUAUUCCCAUUCAUAUACAUAGAUAGAUCAUAGAUAUCAAAAAAUAAAAAAAUAUAAAUACGAAAAUGACGAAUCUCCAAAUACGAACAGAAGAACCAAACACCGAAGCAACAGAAACCCCUCUUCUAACUUCAAAUCACGAACACGAACCAGAAACUAACAACAAAAACGACGAAACCGACGAUACCGAAGUUGAUAAGAGUCUAGCGCGAUUAGAAUUAUUCUUACACAUCUUAGGGUUUAAUCCACGUUCAAUUCUAUACUCAAUAAUUUGUUGGACAGUUUUCUUCAUUUUAGGAGUGGCGGUUCCAUUGGUGGCGCUAUGGAUGUGCGAUUGUUUAGAGUGCGAGAAGUACGAGUUACGCGGUUGCGAGAUGGUGAUUGUUACUUUUCAGGCGAGUCUUGCCGCUGUUUCUUUGCUCUGUAUUUCGCACUGUUUGAGAAAAUAUGGACUUCGGAGGUUUCUGUUCGUUGACCGUUAUACUGGACACGUUGCUUGUUUUCAUCGUGAUUAUGUUAAUCAGAUUUCGGGAUCUUUGCGUCUGUUCCUUCUGUGGGUAUUGCCGUGUUUCUUUCUGAAGACAGUGCGAGAAAUCAUUCGCAUUUCACAUAUACAACAUAGGUCAUGGGGGUUCUCGAUUGCUAUUUUUAUAGCUUUGAUUUUAUCUUGGACAUAUGUUAGUGCAAUCUCUCUGUCAGCCUGCGUUAUGUUUCACUUGGUCUGUAAUUUGCAAGUCAUCCACUUUGAUGAUUAUGGGAAGCUUUUGGAAAGAGAGAGUGACGUGUUGGUGUUUUUGGAGGAGCACAUGCGGUUGCGUUAUCAUCUUUCCAAGAUAAGUCAUAGGUUCAGAAUCUAUCUUCUUUUGGAAUUCUUGGUUGUCACUGUUAGCCAAGUCGUGACUCUGUUGCAGAUCACAGGAUAUCGUGACAUGAUUACCAUGGUAAACGGUGGAGAUUUUGCUGUAUCCACACUUGUUCAGGUGGUCGGCAUCAUUAUGUGUCUUCACGCAGCAACAAGAAUUUCUCAUAGAGCUCAAAAUGUUGUUGCGCUUGCAAGUCGGUGGCAUGCAAUAGCAACAUGUGCAUCUUCUGAUAAUUCACAAAUGAGAAGUUCAGCGAGUGCAGGAAGCCUUGAGGUUGCAAACCAUUUAAACUCAAUACAUAUAGACUAUUCUGAAAGUGAUCUGGAGUCAUUGGAUUUCGGAGGAUUGGCUGUAAAUACCCAGUUGGUUUCUUAUAUGUCCUCGCAUCACAAGAGGCAAGCUUUUGUGAUGUAUUUGCAGUCAAAUCCAGGAGGGAUCACUAUAUUUGGAUGGACAGUGGACCGGUCUCUAGUCAACACAAUUUUCUUCCUUGAAUUAAGUCUGGUUACCUUUGUCCUAGGUCAGACGCUGAUGUCAUGAUAACGUUUAACCGCCAAUACUGAGAAACCCUUCGAGUUACCAAGGUUACUAAAUUUUAUUGAAACCCUAUUGUAUAUCCAUAAUUCUUCCUCAUGACCAAGGGUACUGAAUUUGGUAGCCGUGCCAGAAUGUUACAUGCAUGCAGAGGUAGAAAGGAUGCAACAAGUUGCCUUGUCAGUUGUGGACCUUAAGAUUUCUGACAUUGCGCUAAAGACAUUUGGCUUCUUCCAACACAGAUGUCUCCAAAAUUCUGUCCAAGAUUUUCAUUCUUCUCAUCAAUGUACUUUAUCUUCAAUGAUGAUAUGGUUUUUGGUUUCCACAUGAUCCAAGCACACAACUUGCCUUAAAUGUGUACCAGCCUUCCAGUUUUUUACCUGCCAGGACGACAGUUCUGCAAAGCAGUCAGGAUCGCAGCAUUCUUCAAAUCAUACCUCACUAUGCUGAAAUUUCAACCUCUGGACAUGUGUGAGCGUUCUCUUGUUAAAUCCAUAACUUAUUGCUUUGGGGGAAUUAGAAGUGAGAGCAAGAGUGCUAUAUAUUUAAUUGACAACAUUGUAAACAAAAAAAAAAUAACUAACUUUAUAUUCCCAUAUUUAAAAUCAUUUGUUGUGACAUCUUGUUAUGUUAUAUUUGAUGAAUGGUGAUAAAUCUUCCCAUAGCAGUAGCACUAUGGAACUAUUUUUCUCAAAGAA